AUGCCCGACGACGAUCCAUCCAAGAAUCCCUUCGUGCGCUGGAAGCACCUUGUCGAUGCCCACGUCAGUGCCACACUCCAUGGCCUUCUCGGCCUUCCAGCCAUUGUCUCGGAGAACUUGAACCUCAACACCCGCGCCGCCGACGUCGAUAACUCGAGCGCAGACCCCGAGCAGACGGCGCAGGCCAACAGUGAGAUAGAGCGCGCCGUGGCUUCGAGGCUGAGGCAGCGCCCGGCUCGGAUGGACCUCUUACAGAGCUUCGCAUGGAGCAGCUUCUUGUUCCAGUCGCCCUACUCGCCGCUGAACCUGCAGGGCCUCCCCCAGCCAGUUCCUAACGAUGCGCCACGUCACGGCGAGGGACAAGACUUUACUUUUAUGGACGCCUUCGAGGACCUGCUCGAGGAGACUGCCAGUGGCCGCCUGCCGGAUCUUCCCGACCGACUACGGUCGCCAGAAGAACACCAGGUUCUAAGCCGGAUCAUCAGACAGGAACAUUUCCUGCAAAGAAUGAUGUCCCUCGACAAGCGGCAUAUCAACGCCUACUUACCACUUCCUCCAGCGGGUCAGAGCGUCGACGACUCGGAACAGGCGGCCUCUAUUUUCGGCGAAGAGCAGGACGAUUGGAGAGUCGAGGCGCGUAACCGUCUUCGCGACAUAGCAGCAGCUCAGCAGCCAACCUUCAACUGGCCAGGCACCCUCGACAGUCCCGCCGGUCUAUUUGAUCAGUUUAAUUCAGUCUUCAGUGUGCUGAACAAGGUACUGGAAGAGGAAGAGAGACGUCCACAAGACCCAAGCAAGGCAGACGGGCGCUUGAAGGAGUCGAGCAAAGAGGACGGGGUGGCGUCGAAAAACCAGGAUCGCUUCCUCGAUGCAGAACCCGAUACUGAAGACGAGUUCUACAAGAUCGUCAAGUCCGUCUAUACGGAUGCCGACAGAUCAUUCAGCACAUUUGUCAAGGCGAUUUCGGACAUCAACACACGCACCGGGGUGUCAACAUCAUUUUCAAAAUCAGUCGACCGCUUCGACGGGACAGACGAUGCAGCUAUUCAGACGUUUAAAGACACAAAAGAGCACACUGACAGAUUCGGAAAUCUGCAUGUCAAGACGACGAUCCGUCGGGUGAAUGCUGACGGAGAAGAAGUCGCACGUGAGACGCACUACUCCGUCCGUUCGGCUUCGCAGGUGAGCGGAGAUGACGAGGAGAAAAGCGAUCAUGUGCCACAGGAGAAAGGGGGGGGAGAGGUUGAGCAACAACAGCAGUCCGGUUGGUUCUGGAAGUGA